AUGAAGAGGAAGAGUAGUGUCGCUACUGAUUUGAGGGUUUUCAUGGCAAGGGUUGCUGCAAAGAAGAGACAACAUGAACCGGAGAAUGUUAUUGAAUCUUGCAAUGAAAGCCACAUGCAGAUAGUGUUAUUCCAAGGGCAGAGUGGCAGUGGAACGAGCACAGUACCACCUGAACCAAGGGAGCAAGAUAUCGUAAAUGCAAUGGAUUUUCUGGAGUUCACAAAGGUAGAACUGGAUGUUUUGAGACAAGAUUCUGGAUGGCAAGAAUUCCUUACCAAGGUCACUUCUUUUUGUGAGAAGCACAAUGUUAAAGUUGUUGACAUGAAUGGGAAGUAUAUUCCUAUGCAAAGAUCAAAGCAGUUCUACAGAGGUGCCAUUAAUUAUCACCGGUUUUAUGUUGAUAUGUUUUUGGUGUCAUUGAUAGGCAAGUUCAAGAGCUUAAUAAUAGGUUUGAUGAGAAAUGAUGAAAACUUCAAAAAUUUGAAUGGUCUAGCGGAGUUGUCUAUGAUGCUAGUUAAACAAGGAAAGGUUGCUCGGUAUGAAAUUGUUUAUAAACUUCUCAAAUUGGUGCUUGUUCUUCCUGUUGCAACUGCUGGUGUUGAGAGGGUAUUUUCUAUAAUGAAUUUGAUAAAGAACAAGAGAAGAAGCAAGAUGGGGCAGAAAUAUUUGAAUGGUUGCUUGGUCACAUUGAUUGAAAGGGAAUUCUUCAUGCAAGCUAAGGAUAAGAACAACAUCGCUCAUUUUCAAAGCAUUAAGGAUCGGAAAGUUGUCCGUAUGGUGGGGGAGAUGGAGGCGGGGGAGGGGGAGGAGGUGGUGGAAACAGGUGAGAAGGAGGAGGAUGAUGGUGUCGUAGCAUCUCGUGUGGCAUUUUAG